GACCAUACUUCCGCUUUUACAGGAAGUCGGCCCUGAAAGGGAGAAAUUUGUAUUCUUUUUAAAUUAGCCAGUGGGCGGACCGUGAACGUAGCAGUGUCUUGAGUGCGACGAUAUUAUAACAUUUGAGGACGGCAGCCAACGGCAUCUCUAAGCCAGUGACCGAUGCUGUAAAGCAGGAUCGAGAAAGGAAGGCCAGUCAUGGGGAAUAAGAGGAGGAGAAAGGAUGCCAGUUGAGCCCCUCGUCCUUUUACAGCAGGACCGCAGCCAGUGUCAGACUAAAGGUAGAGGAUGGCUCAGUCUGUGAGGAGGAUGGACAUCGCCAUGGACCACAAGCCACAGGGGGACAAGGCCCGGACCAGCUACUUUGGCAAUGUGAAGGCCAGGCUGGGCUCAAAGCUGCCCCCGGGGGUCCCUCAGCCUCCUCACUUAGCCAAGCGGCCCUGGGACACUCAACCUCAGGCCCGAGGAUUUGAGGAGCUUUCAGCCACCUCUCACCAUCAUCAUCAAUAUCAACCCCCCCCUGGCCGACCUCUGGACCACAUCCCACACAUCAGAAACCCGAUACUGCGGCAGUAUUACCUUCAAGGAGACUCCAACACCGCUGUGAAGCAAGAGCAAAUGAGACAAUUGUCACAUGAAGACAAAAGCACCACGGAUGAGUCAGUGUUUAGCAUCUCAUCGCACUUCGGCAGUGAUGACACAGCGCUUCGUUCUCAUUCCCGGUCACAAUCGUCACUUUUGUGCUCUGCCCUUAUCCGCAUAGAGCAGCAGCAAGCAGAGGAGGGAAAGAGCACCAAAAUAGGCGACCCGGAGACUUGUAAGGAGAAGACGACGCCGGUGAUGGAUCCAGAUUUUUCUGAUCGACUCGAGGCUCCUGCACAGUCACCCUUGCCCGAAGCAGAAUACGACAAACUACUGGAUGUGGAAGCGGUCCCGAUGCCCGACGGACAGCUCUGCCUUUUGGCUCUCCCACCUGAGUGCUGUCUGGUGGAAGGUCCUGAUGCCACGCCUUAUCUGAAAUUGUUCUGCCGCCACAUCACCGACCGCAAGGGUGUGGUUUCCGGUAUCCUCCUGGUGACGACAAACAAGCUCUUCUUCGACCCGUGUAAAACACACCCACUGGUGAAGGAGCAUGGUUGCGAGGAGUAUCUCCUGUCAUGCUCUGUGGACAGGCUGUCGUCUGUCUCCUUCUUCUCAGACAUCUCACAUGUUCACUUUCACUACUCUCAGCAGAGGAGAAAAGGGAAGAAACUUUUCCAGAGGUUGAAAAAUGUCAAAAGCCACGAUCAGAAGGGGGAGUCAAUUUCACUUGUAGUACCUGCAGCUCUCUCCAAUUUGAGUCUCAACGAGGAGGCGUCGACACCAAGUGAACCCACUGACAGUAGAAACAUGUCUGGCAACCAGCCUGAGAUAGCGUCAGAAGCCUCCGGAGGAGCUCUCGGCGUGGCCGCCACCUUUUGCUGCGGAGCUCCAGACGUCUGCGCUCAAAUGAAUACGAAUGAGGUGCAGUCCUCUUCUGUAGGGAGUCAGACUGCAGCGCCUGGCAGAUCCUCAGCUGAAAGUCCAAAGUGUGUCAUGUUUGUGCGGCUGCGGGUUCAGUCGAGUGCAGGAAGGAAAAAGCGUACUGGAGGAUUUCAGUUUGGCACGGCUGCCAGACGAGAAGCCUGGAUCGCCCUUUCGCAGGAGAGCUCCAAUGAGCUGCAUGCCUUCCUCGAGCACCGUCGACCCGACUUGUGUCUGCUCAAGGGCGGAGGAGGAGGAGGAGACGACGGGGAGGCGGAUCACAACGAAGAGGAGUUUGUCCUGGUGGAGGACAAUGACGACAAUGAUGAGAACAAGGAGGUGGAGGAGGAGGAUAUGUUACAGAAGCAACACAACUCGGGAGAUGACUGGGAAAUGGUAUUGAUGGAGGACAACAGGGACAAGCCAGGCCAGCUCACCGACCGGGACCCGGAAGGACUGAACGCCAUUGUGGAGAACAGCCACAUUUUAGAAGCCUCACAUGUCAGAGAGCUGUCUAAGGAGCUGCCCCCAAAGACGGUGGGCCACACCUGGCAGCUGACGUACAGCACGUCUCGGCACGGCGCCAGUCUCAAGUCCCUCUACCGGAAAUUGAGCGCCUCGGACUCGCCCACUCUCGUCGUCAUCAAAGACGCCCUGGAAGAGGUAUUCGGGGCUUUCCUCUCGCACCCGCUGAGGCUUAGUGAGACGUUUUACGGCACGGGAGAAACCUUUCUGUUCAUGUUACAUCCUCGAUUCAAGUGCUUCAGAUGGACUGGAGAGAAUUCCUUUUUCAUUAAAGGGGACUUGGACUCAUUUGCCAUUGGUGGAGGAAGCGGUCACUUUGGUUUGUGGGUGGAUGAGAAUCUAUACCUGGGCCACAGCAGCCCUUGUUACACCUUCAAUAACUGCUGCCUCUCAGAAACCGACGACUUCCGAGUCAUGGAGCUGGAGGUGUGGACUUUCAGCUGAGGCAUCUCAUUGUUCACUUGCCACAACCGGCACUGUGUUCCAACACGGUUGCUUUUUCAUGGUACCGGUCAGGACAAACCGUUGGAUUCAUUCAUACGGUCAAACGGAUCAGGAUGACUGGCUGCUGUAGGGACGUUUUUAAUGGAUGACUCAUUCCUGCGGGCACGCUCUUGAAAGACUUUGCACUUUGCUCCAUGUAUGAAUUAGACGUCACUUAUGAUGUGAACAACUCUGCAUCUUCAUGCCCAGCCCUGUAGGCACAUUAGCUUGUAAAAGAACGUCGUGAACAGUAUUAUAUCAUGUGUACUAAUACUCAUGUAUUAUGUAUGAUCAUGCUCCCCUCUUGACAGGAUGUCAUCAAAAAGUGUCACAUGCUGCAUAAAAUAAAAAUAUUAUCUAUA